UUACAAAUGUUCGCUCGAAUAUUUACGCUCACUUUACCAAGAGAUGGAGGCUAAUAGUACUGAUCCGAAGAUAAUAGAAAAAAUUCUGGCGUUUGAUAAUGAAUAGGAAAUUAUGCAACCAGCAAUUAAGUAUGACUGGUUGCCUAUUCAUUUAAAAAUAUUAAGAAAGUUGGCGCCGCUAAAAUCAAAGUACGUCAAAAUGCAUCCAACCCCCAAAGAAUUCUUCAUCAUAAUCUUCGUCGUGGCGUCCAUCCACUUCUACAUCAUCGUUCGCUGCAGACACGCAGUGACCCCUCUGGACCACUGGCCUGAAGACACUCCCCGCAACGUCAAUUUUUACCUCAACCUCCAAGUCAACAACCUCCCCCACAAUUUUUGUAACGCCCCUAAAACCGUCCUCAUUUUCGUGCACUCCCGCCCCCACAACAAGGAGGCCCGAGAUGCCAUUCGCCGGACCUGGGGCGACCCAACCCUCCUCUUCAACAACAACGCAUCGCUCUUCUUCCUUUUGGGCCAAACCCGGGACUGGUCGACCCGCGACAUCACCAGGAGCGAAAACCUCGAACACGGCGACAUCAUCAUCGAGGACUUCAUCGACGACUACGCCAACCUCACACUCAAGUCGAUCUCCAUGCUCAAACUCUUCGAGAGUCAAGACCAGUGCAAGUUUCUGGUGAAAGCAGACGAAGAUCUCUUCGUCAACGUGGAGAAUUUGGUGAAGCUUGUGGAGUUGUUGCCGAACGACAUGAAGAAGAGGCUGUUGAUGGGGAGGGCGAUUAUAGGGGAGCGGCGCAAGAAUGACUACAACAAGAAGUGGUACGCCCCCAGGUAUAUGUUUUUGGGACACACGUACCCGAAGUUUUUGGCCGGACCUGCGUACUUGAUGUCGCUGCGAGUGGCCAGGGAGUUGUACAGCGCGGCUUUGGAGUUGCCGCUGUUUCACCUGGAGGACGUCUUCGUGACUGGGAUUUGUGCGGAGAAGAUGAAGAUUCACAGGUGGCACUUGUACUUGUUUACGGAUUAUCGAGUGCCGAGGAUUUGGUGCAGAAUGAUGAAAUUGGUUACGUUGCAUGGGUUUAACCCCCAGGAGAUUUUUGCAGUGCAGAAGUUGCUCGAUCAAGCGAAGAGAAAUUUAAAAUGCUCGAAAAUGAAUUUAAACAGUAUUAAAUAUUUCUAA